AUGAUCCUCGUGCACCAGAACCUAAUCCAGCCCGCGCUACCGCUCUUGAUCCUCGUGGACCAGGGCCGGCCGUACAGCAGGGACAGCCAAGCCGCAGGGCGAUCCGAACACGGUCAACCUGUGCAGCGCCCGGACCAAGUUGCUGAAAGACGUCUAGCGGAUUUCCUACAUCAACUAGAACCCGUCGUGAUUCCAGACGACGCGCCCGAAAUUUCCGCGGCAAGAAAUGCCGCCGAUGAGCCCGACGAUCAGCGUUACCCUUAUAUCCGGGUAGUACAAUGGAUCUAUGACGGUAUCGAAAUGAGUGCUGAGGUCCAGUGGCACAACACUAUCGAACCUGCAAGAAAUCUUACCCCCGAAGAUCAAGCGGAGGCCCAGCGCCAACUACGUAAGAUCUCACCCCUGAAGAUCGAGCGGAGGUCCAGCGCGAAGAGCGCAAUCAGCGUGCACGAGAGCGGCUCUGGGCUCAUCGGGAUGACAGCGAAGAUGAGAACGAACGCUCAAGCGAAGAAGACGACGAAUGGCUUCCAGGUGAUUGACGGCUCACCAUACACCAACUCCGAGACGAAGCCCGAGACCGAGCAAGACGAGUCGAGGCAGCAGCUGCCGCCACCUCCCACCACUCUGACAUUCGCCGGAACGCAGCGUGGCCACGGCCAUUUCACCCCGGAGCUAUACGACGGCCCGAACGGCCUGCCCUGCAACGUGUACAUCGCUGUCGCCGCCACGCACUUGUCCGAGGUGACAGAGCUCGCCGAACCGCUCCACCACACCACAUCGCUGACCCCCAUGGUCACCACAGCCGAAACAUACACCGAGCCAUACACGGAGCUCGAGACGGAGAACCCAUACACCAACUCCGAGACGAAGCCCGAGACCGAGCAAGACGAGUCGAGGCAGCAGCUGCCGCCACCUCCCACCACUCUGACAUUCGCCGGAACGCAGCGUGGCCACGGCCAUUUCACCCCGGAGCUAUACGACGGCCCGAACGGCCUGCCCUGCAACGUGUACAUCGCCGUCGCCGCCAUGCACUUGUCCGAGGUGACAGAGCUCGCCGAAGCGCUCCACCACACCACAUCGCUGACCCCCAUGAUCACCACAGCCGAAACAUACACCGAGCCAUACACGGAGCCCGAGACGGAGAACGUGACCGAGACGCCCAUCGAUGCCUAG